AUGGGUAAAUGUUGGGCUCUUCUUAGACCGAGUGAAGGUUCUUGCUUGCGAGGCGUGGAGAGCGAGUCUAAGCAGAACGUUGUUCGGGUGGUGAAGAUGGAUGGGAAGAUGUUGGCACCACUUCUGGUUAAAGAUGUGUUGGGCAAGUGUUCAGGGUGGGGUAUUGGUUCAUCGAAGACAGAAUCGAAUUCCCCGUCGUUCGUGGCCGAUACGCAGCGGGCGGGUGGUGUUAGGAGAAUAAAAGUUGUGAUCACAAAGCAAGAGUUUCAGCAGCUGUUGACUAAGCAGAUAUCUGCAGCAGAGGUCCUUGCAGGGCUUGAGAAAAGAAAUGUCAGUUCGUCUCCAAGAAAUUGGAAGCCAAAGCUCGAAUCCAUAUUGGAAGUAAAUGAGUAACUGU